AUGAUCGAUCCAAGUCUUGAAAGAACAAUGACUACUUCAAAUUUAUUAAAAAGACAACAACUAUAUAAUAAUUUUUUAAAAUCUCAUUGUCAAGUUCAAACUAAUAUAUUUCAAAUUAAAAAAUGUACUAAUAUCAAAUAUGGAAUAUGCCAACCAAUUCGAAUGCCACUUGAUGAGUUUGAAAAUUUAUGUUUUUUAUCUAAUCCUAAACUUUUUGCUGAUAAAGAACAUUAUAAAGACUUUAAUAGUGUAUAUGGGCAUUUAACAAAUGAAAGAUAUCAAUUAUCACAACAAGAAGUUACAAAUAAAGAGUUUCAAACUGGUAUAUUUGUAAAUAACAAAAUUCAGCUUUUAGUUUGCUGUGAUUUUUGUGGAAAGUAUCGCUAUAUUUACUGUAAUACAUGUUUAAAUGAAGAUGAUUCCACAAUGAUCAUACAAUACCUUGAAAAUAUCUCAUAUAGUUGUGGGUCUCCAAUUCUUCCAGAUAAGUAUCCACUUUUUGACCAACUUUAUAUACAUCAAAAUCUUACAUGUAAUUUACCUAUUGAGCAAAAUUAUUAUUCAUGUCAUAUAAAGGAUGUUGAUUUAUGCUACUGGUGUGAAGCGGAAGAUAAUAUUAUUGAUCCUUCUGAGGAAUUAAAAUCUCAAUUUAAAACUAUUUAUCCGCUUUGCAUUUCAUGUGAGGCUAAUGGCUGUGAAUGGUCUACUCGUGCUCCAAUUGUAUUUCAAAGUAAAACCAAAAAAGUUCAUACUAUCGUAGUUAAACUAUAUAUUAAA